GGCUCAUCCACCCAUAGAUGCGAUGCCAUGGCAUUCUGGAGUGCGUGAGUCUCGAGGCAAAUCUGGAUGCUUCCAAUCCCAAUCCCAACCCCACCACCACUGCCUCUUUCCUCCUCGAUCCCCUUCCUCCUCAGGUCCAAGGUCUCCUCCUCCUCCGCCUCGCCCCGCCGCGUGCGAGGUGUUCUUGAUUCGGUGGGAGAUCGAUUGGCAUGGGGAGAGCGGCUUGAGAUUGUCGGGAGUGGUGCCUGGUGUUGAGUGAUUUGGUAGGCAGUAUUUGAGUGGUGGUCUCCUGAGGAAGAGGAGGGAUUCCUAGCCUUGAUCCCAAUUGCAACAGAGAGAGACACACUUUGGAUGUUUUAGAGUUUAUGUAUUUUGCAGCUCCAAUGGAUGUUAAGGGUGUUAGCGACCAGGAUGCUCUAAUUGAUCUGGAGAGUGGAAAUAACAUUGUUGUUGGCGAGCAUAACAACGGUGAGGAUGCUAAUUUUGUUGUUGCCCAAGAAAGAACAGCUGCAUGGAAUGGUGUCAUGGGCACCAAUGGAUCUUGCCUGAAAGAUGAUAAAAAUCAGCACAUGUGUUGCUGUCCAGCCUCUCCAGAUGCUGCUGCCAAAAAUGGAGAUGACAGGAAGUCUGAUGGGGAGGAGAAACUAGGCCUUCUGGAUUCUUCCGGAGGCGAGAAGACAAAGAAGAAGCGCUCCAAGAAACCACCACGGCCUCCAAGGCCACCAACACCGACACCAUUGGACGUUUCUGACCAGAAGCUCCUUAAUGAGCUGAGCGAACUUGCUAUAUUGAAACGAGCAAGGAUUGAGCGAAUGAAGGCUUUGAAAAAGAUGAAGAAUGCCAAACAAGGGUCCUCAAGUAGCAACUUAUUUCCCCUGAUCAUUACCAUUAUCUUCUGUCUCGUUAUACUCUGGCAAGGUUUUUUCUCACGGACGGGAUCGGCAGUGAGCUUCCAUGGAUCACCAGAAUCGUCAGUUAGAGCGCAUAGCAGUCUGAUCUCCAUUCGGUUCUACAAGAAGAAUCAUUCUAAUAGCAGACCUCAUGAGUCCAUCUCAUUCUCUGCAGCUCCCAAGAACGCCGAGACACCAUCGAGGCUGGAGAUCCAUAGCAAGGCGAGAAAGAUGGUGAGAUGAACAUUGCUCCCGAGCAUGAUCUGCUACCAUGAUUGCCGUCGCCGCAAUGCCUCCCAACUUGCCAUUUUGAAUCCUCAUCACGUUAGGUUGAUGUAAAUUAUGAGAAAUGACACUGCUUCUCGAGGCGUCCUCACUUGUAAAUGAUGGAUGAACUACUCUUUUUAGUGUGUGGGUGUGUGCCCCCCCUCUCUGGGUUCUAUGCUGCUAACCAGUGGACCUGCCAGUGGCCAUUGCACUUGGUAAGUGCAAGAUGUCUUGUUACAACAAUAAAAGUGCUCUUAAUAAUAUGAUCUACUGUAUGUC